CGGUCGUCUUCCUGCUUUUCCUCUUCCUUAUUCUCUCUUUUUCGCCUCCCUCAUCAGAACAUCCUCACCCCAUCCCCUUUCAUGCUUGGUGAAUCUUCUUUAGUUACUGUCGUUUAGACCCAUACCAUCAGGUCUCUGUUGGCCUGCAAUGGAUUCUAUUGAGCCUGUCUCUGGUGCCUCUAAUUCUCCUCCACCCGACCACCUCCCACCGACGUCAUACCCGGCACGUCAACGGGCGCCUUCGCUGCGCUCGCGACGGCCCUCGAUUAGACUCCAGCGCCUCCCCUCCUUUGACAGCUCUGGUGUACAACAAUCUCAACGCAAUGCACAGACUCCCAAUCGACCUUUAGCCUCACAGGUCGAUCUUACACCGUCCGGGCCCGAUGCGGACGAUGAAGAUGAAGAUGCCUGGCAGGGAAACCGUCGCCGCAGCAGCUCCGAGCCCCGACCGGGACGAUGGUCGACUGCCCCCAACCCGGUUCUUCUCACUCGGUUCGCGACAGGAGAUCAGAUGCACACUCUUCACGAAGAAGCCUCUCCACAGAGUCCCGGAGUAGCCGCUGAUUCUCUACCACCGUUGCCACAGCAGAAUCCUGAAUCACUGCAAAUCCCACGACGGGGGAGCCGCGGUUUCAUGCGCUGGUCGGGUGGGGUGUCCGCAAACCGCUUUACCAGGAAUCGCGCGUCAACCGUGAGUGGGAGUGCACCGGCUCAGACGGCGGGCUCAGGCGACGAAUAUCGGUCUCAUAUUGUGGAUGUCUUGGAUGUGAUCGAUCCCGAAGUGUCGGCACUUUCCACCCUCACCAACGUCCAGAACUCACUUUUCGUUCCUAAUUUGGGGCCUUUCUUGAACCGUAAUCAGACCUAUACCCUUUCACCACCGCCUGCACCUCUAAGGAACCUUGAAUCGUCGACAAGUGAUGAGGGCGAAGAUGAGGGCUACGAAAAGGGCCAGGAGCCCGCCGUCCGUCCUUCCAUCGAGCACACCCUCACUUCUGUGGUUGACGAAGGCGGCGGGCCUCGAUUUGCUGUCCUGCCCGAAGGUAGCGAUCUUGCCGGGUGGUCUCCCGAGGAGAUUGAAGAACUGAACGACCAUGUCCGGCACAUGUUGCACUCGCGGAGAUCCAAGUUCAAGCGUGCCAUGAAAGGUUUCGGGAAAUAUGUCUCUAAGCCGCUGGGAUUCUUGGUCACAUUAUACGCCACGUUGAUUACGCUUUUCGGUCUGGCGUGGGUGUUGUUCUUGAUCGGUUGGAUCAACGUCGGAGGCCGGCAGUCGUAUCUCAUCAAUGUCAUCGACAAUGUUCUUGUGGCCCUGUUUGCCGUCAUGGGUGAUGGGUUGGCUCCGUUUCGCGCCAUCGACACAUAUCACAUGAUCUUCAUCGCACGUUAUACCUUCCUGACAUGGAAGAUCCGUCGAAAGCGCCGACUUCCCGAUCUCAAGAACAAGAACGAUUUGCCUUCACGCCGAGAGGAGGACGUGGACGUUGAAUUCGGCGACACUCCAAAGGAGGAAGAACACGAGUUCAGCGUGCUCGGACCGGCGCAGCAGGCCAAACUGAUUCACCACCAAACCAAGCUUGCCAAUUCGCACACUUUCUACAAACCGCACGAAACCUUCACCCACCAUGCCUUUCCGCUACGCAUGCUCAUUGCUAUUGUGGUCCUGCUAGACUGUCACUCGCUGUUCCAGAUUGCUUUAGGUGCCUGCACUUGGGGCAUCAGCUACCACGUGCGCCCAUUUGCGUUGACCACUGUCAUCCUCUGCUGCUCGAUCUGUUGCAAUAUCUCCGGCGGUGUCCUGAUUAUGAUCGGAGAUCGGAGGACACGCAAGAAGGACGUGGUUGAGCGCCUUUUCCGACAGGAGCUCACGCAAGAAGCGAUGAAGAAGAUGCGAAAGAAGAGACGCAAGGAGGAACAGAGCAAAUCCGAGCAUCAAUCACCUUUGACUCGUUCUCAUUCCAUUUCGUCGCGGACCGAAGACACGGAACCGUUCCCGACGCUGUCUUGAUCUGCGCUGCCCGUUUACAAUAUGAUAAUUGCUCCUCACGCGAGGGAUAAUGCACGCUAUCUCUACGAAGCCACGACAUCCCCAGACCUAUACUUCGCUGGACAACUACGAAUCACAAACCUAGCCCAACGGCACGUCCUCCGUUAUAAUUUUUCCACAAGAACUUAUUCAUUUCAGCGACCCUGAAAAUCCACAACAAUGGUAUGCUGAAAAUACACUUCCUAGAUGAGUCGUGGCUUUUUAUCAGGCGCUCGCUGUUUGCUUUUCUGCUAUUUGCUUGUCAAUAUCUUGCUUUUGAUGAUAUCACUUUGGUUGAUCAAUGGCAUAUAUAUAUUUAUAUCCCGUUCGC